AUGCCGUCACGGAGGAAAUGCUACACGGAAUGUUGGAAAAUCAAGGUCAUGAAGUUGAAGAAGAAGGCUCGAGGCGGUGACGAAAUUUGGCGAUGCAAGCUAUGUACGAGAGUGUUGUUAAGGAAGAGUUUGUACAUGCACCUGCGAAAUGUCCACGGAUUUCCCAAGGAAGAAGUCGAUGACAUCAAGCGUCAAAUUGCCGAAGAAGCGGCGUUGAGAGCCACAAACUACCGCUGGGUAGUUUGUCCCAUAUGCAACGAAAAGUUCAUAAAUCAUACAGGAUUAGCGCUCCAUUGCGAUCAAGUUCAUAAAGACGAUGGAGGUGGAGGUGCACCACAAGACUACAGGGUAUUUACUGUGAAAUUCGAAACAGUUGUUGAAUUC